UGCUUCCAGGUUUCAGAAUUCUUAUCAUUUGCUUCGUGGUGGUUCUUUAUGAUAUUUUGUUUAGCAUGAUGUUCUCACAAGUGAAUAUUUGGAUUUGUUGGACGCAUCAUGUAUUUCUCUUGUAAUUUUGAUUGAAGAUGUCAGGUGCUAUAAUCACCAUGGUUGGCUCUAUGGCAAAGAUUAGUUGCACACGCACAUUUUUUAGUUUGUGCAGAUCUUAGCAGCUAUUACCGAACAUUGAUGUCCUGUGAGUUUUUACCAUGCUCUAAUUACUGCAGAGCUAGGUAAUAGUCUUCCGGAAUUUAUUAAGAGUAGAUCCGAUCCAGUCUAUCCAAAUACCCCUAUGAGCAAAUUACACAACGAAGGAACAAAGAACGAAAAGAAGAUACCUGCUGCUUUAAAGGUUUCAAUAUCAUGUUGGAAUUGCAUGUAAAACAUCCACUUGGAUAAAGCUGGCAGGGCAAUGAAUGAUAUUUCUUAUGGCAAGCUGCUCAUUAUAGGGUUUGAGUAAGAAUGUACCCGGGGUAAAUUAUCUGUUUCUCUUUGUUUUAUGAUAAAUUUUGCCCCAAAUUCGCAAUUUGAAGCCUGUACUGUUUCUCCUUCAUUGCUGCUGCUACAGGCUGGAAAGAGACCUUAAGCUGUUCCAUUUUUUUGGCCCUUCUCUGGGUCCUUGUGACCCACUGCCCACAUCUGCCCUGAAUAAAGUGGUUGGUCCAAUAGGAUCGAGUUUGUCUUUUGAUACAAUUGCUCUUGAUAAUUCAAAUCUAAGAAGGGAAAAAAAUCAUUAAUGCUAUAACUACCUGCUGUUGCGACAUUGACUGCUAUAUGUACAGGCCUAUGCAUAGCUUAAACGUUAACUGCCGUGGGACUUCUUUUUCAAUGACUUGUUUCUACCUCUAAAUGCUAGGUUGGGUACUGGAGUGCUCUUUUGAAGGACCCCUAAUGUUGAUUGGGGGCCAGGAGAUUAUUGGUGAUGGAUGGGGAGCUUUCCUUUUCUGUAUGACCAAUGGGGCCGCAAUUUUGGUUCAAGAAAGGCAGCCAGGUACUCCACAAAUAUUUAAAGAAAGAAUGGCCUACUCUCCUGGCGAUCCCAAUCUCCAACAAACGAGACAAAUUUCUUACUCCCAACAGCAUAUGUAGCAGCAUGGGUCAUCAAGGCAAUGUUCCAAUAUUGCAGUGGAUAAGAUGGAAGUCUAGAGUGAUUUCUUCGGCAGAGGUUCCAAAAUCCAUGUUCAUCUUGUGCAAGAUGAUAGUCGACAUGUCCUACGCCUGGAAUGUCUAUCAGUUGAGUGCACUGAAAACUUGGCCAUCUUACACCACAAAAGCUGAAAAAGAAGAAAGAUUUUCUGCAAAGCAAUUGAUUCUAUUUGCUCCCUUCAAUUUAAAAAGUCUUAUACAGUGAGGGCCAUCCAAACAGCCAAUAAAGAUUUAUUAUCUUUUGCUACAUGAUUACCAUUUGAAUUGGUAAGUAUUUUAUUGACCCAUGUUCCCUAUUCCCUCUGCAUUUCUUAGAACCACCCCAGAUAAUCAGAGAUUUAAGGCCCUGCUUGGUUGCUUGUUGGACCAAAACAAUUCUUAGUUUAUUACAAUAUUUUAUUGACCAUGUGGUUCUCUUUUCUUGUUUGCAACACAGCCACACACAUCUAUAUCAUAUGUCACAACAUUUAACUUUUUCAACAGCAAAAGCUGUGAAAAUGAGAGCCACAAAAUCCAAAGUUCAGACCUUUUGCUUUGUAAACUCCA